AUGGGUCACAUUAUGAUGGACGUGGAAAAUAAAGACCAAAAGGUAGAUAUCAAGGCAGACAUGAUGGCAUCAAACGACAGAGCAGACAUCGACGUCACCAUCAAAUUCCCCAACCAGAGAAAGGGAAUGAAUCUGAAGACAACCGUCAAUCUUCCCAAGGGCGACAUUAUCUUCAGCAGCACUUCUGAGUUCAGCAUAGAUCAGGAUCCCCAAAAGACCUUCAAGAUGUCCACAAAAUUAAUGUCGGAAAGAAGGGGUCAACAUGAAAUGUACACUAUGCAGAUGGACGCUGGACACGACCACACUGGUUUUGCUACUGAGGUGAUCGGCCGAGUAAGCAGCAGCCCAGAAAAGUACAAUGCCGAUGUCGAGAUGGGAUAUUUAACCUUAAAACGUCAACAGCAAAAGUUUGCCAUUCGUGGAGAAAUUCACACACUCAACCGUGAAGCUAAUUUGAAGGUAAAUAUUUGUUUAAUACUUUGUCUUAAUCUAUCGUAA